CCAGGUGAACAUAUCCUUCGAGAAGCGUUAGUUAAAUGGAUUGCAAUGGAUUGCCUUCCAUUUAUUUUCAUUGAAUUGGAAAGCUUCUGUGAGCUGGUUGAAGUAAUUAGAAAAUUAGAAGGAAACGUUAUGAUUCCCUUAGCCAGAACAAUAAAAC